GAACAGGUGCCGGAGAGAUGCGAGGAGCGGUUGUUUCCAAUCGUAUGCAGUCAUGUUUCAGCAGUCCUCUACUUACCUUAUCCAGUGUUGAGCUUACCGCACCGGGUCAGGUACCCCACUAGUCUGCCCUGUUCACGCGAGAAAAAGCCUCCGCAACACCCCUCCCCUUCGCCUCAACGAACGCUUUUUCGUUCGCCAAGUGGCCGCAAAAACCGAGACUGGACAUGCCAAGUUUAG